UGCGCAUUGGCCGACUACUUGUCUACGCACGAGCUCGUAGUCGGCUCUGAUGUUAGAUGGUUAGCUUAGCAUUUAGCAGCUGAGGCGGAACUGGAUUUGACUCCUGUUUAUGAAGUGGGAUUCUGUUUGUAAAUGUUUCCCACCGGGGUUUUACCAUUUAGGACACUGAAUUUACAGCUUUUCCCGCGAUGGAACACCUAGCUGCUGUUAAUCUAGCCAACGGCUGAGGAUGGCAGUCCAUAAGGAGAACCCCUGUUCAGAGGAGCUCUCCUUACAGGUGUGAAAUUUACAGCUCCUGCAUUGAUUAUUGCCGUUGGAUACAGUACACAAUGGGAAGGAUCAGUAUUUCCUGCUUGUUUCCAGCAUCAUGGCACUUCAGUUUUUCUCCUGCCGUGUUUCCCCGCUUCAUGUUCCCCUCCUUCAGGCAGCUGCUUGUGCUCGGGUCAGUGGUGGUGCUUGCUGGUCUUCUCUACCUGCUGCUGGUCACAGGCAAAGGACACAACAUCUGGCUCCAAAACAAUCACCAUCAUAGGCACUUGUCACGAGUGACGGAUUUGGAUGCCACCGACACGAGUAACCCUAAUCUGAACUAUGGUGUGGUUGUGGACUGUGGGAGCAGCGGCUCGCGCGUGUUUGUAUACACUUGGCCUCGACACAACGGAAACCCUCACGACCUGCUGGACAUUCGGCAAAUGAGAGACCAGAACCGCAAGCUGGUGGUCAUGAAAAUCAAACCAGGUAUUUCAGAAUACGCGACAACACCAGGAAAAGCCAGUGAUUACAUGUACCCUCUGUUAAGCUUUGCUGCUGAACACAUCCCCAAGGCCAAGCACCAGGAAACUCCUUUAUACAUACUGUGCACUGCAGGCAUGAGGGUUCUGCCAGAGAGUCAACAGGAGGCUCUACUGGAAGAUUUGCGAACAGACAUUCCCGUGAAUUUCAACUUUCUCUUUUCCGACUCACAUGUGGAAGUUAUUUCAGGAAAGCAGGAGGGUGUGUAUGCAUGGAUUGGGAUUAACUUUGUCCUGGGAAGGUUCAACCAUGUAGAUGAUGGUGACGAUGAAGUUGUGGAGGUGCAGGUUCCUGGCGGAGACCAGCAGGAGACUUUGGUGCGCAGACGCACAGCCGGAGUGUUGGACAUGGGCGGUGUCUCCACUCAGAUAGCAUACGAAGUGCCCAAAACUGUAAGCUUUGCUUCCCAAAAACAGGAAGAGGUGGCUAAAAAUUUGCUGGCAGAGUUUAACCUCGGCUGCGACGCUCAUCGCACUGAACACGUGUAUCGUGUUUACGUUUCGACGUUCCUGGGGUUUGGUGGAAACGCAGCACGCCAAAGAUACGAGGAAAACCUCAUCAGCAGCACUCGCCUCCAAAACAAGCUGCUGGAUCAGCAUCGUGGUGAGUCCCCAGACUCCCCCGUGCUUGACCCGUGUUUGCCCUUGGACCUCCAGGACGAGGUGGGUCCACCUGGUCAGAAGCUACACCUGCGUGGGACUGGAGAUUUCCAGCAGUGCCGCCUGCACCUACAGCCUUUCCUUAACCGCACCAACGAGACCAGCUCCUCUCUGAACGGUGUCUACCAGGCCCCGAUCAACUUCCGCAACAGCCAGUUUUACGGCUUCUCAGAGUUUUAUUACUGCACGGAGGACGUGCUGCGCAUGGGAGGAGAUUACAACUCCACCAAAUAUGCCAACGCUGCAAAGGACUACUGCGCAACCCAGUGGAAAAUUUUGAGAGAACGCUUUGACCGUGGCCUUUAUGCCUCUCAUGCAGACUUGCACAGGCUGAAGUACCAGUGUUUUAAGUCAGCAUGGGUGUAUGAGGUGUUCCACUCCGGUUUCUCCUUCCCUCUGGGCUACGACAACCUGAAAACGGCUCUGCUUGUCUACGAAAAAGAGGUGCAGUGGACUCUGGGAGCCAUUUUGUACCGCACACGUUUCCUACCUCUAAGGGACAUCCAGCAGGAGAGUCUGAAGGGCUCUCACUCACACUGGCACCGUGGCUUCACCUUCAUGAACAAUCAUUAUCUCUUCCUUGCCUGCUUCAUGGUGGUGCUCCUUUCUAUCAUGCUGUACCUACUCCGCCUGAGACGCAUCCACCGCAGAGCUGCACUGAACCGCGGACCUUCCGUCCAAUGGCUGGAGGAAGGACUAGGCACUCCAGACCUUCCUGUCACCUUAUAGGACAUGAAACAUUCAAAUAGCUUGGAGGAAACUUGAACACUUUGAUUUUUAUUUUGAAUAUGUUGUAGAGACUGAGACCUGGAAAUUUCACAUGAAGGAGGGAUUCCAUCAUCGUACGUGACUUAAGAACUGCUGGUCCUGGCUGAAUUUUGACCUCUUUUUUCUUCCCAGGCUCCUACAUUUAAUAAUGAUCCUCAAAUGUUUUAUUAUGACGUUGAUAAAUGACUAAAUGGUUGAAAGCCCAGUGGAAACAGCAUUUCAGUGCAAUCGUUCUUCAUCGAGACUGAUCCAGAGUGCCUUCCAAGACGGAAGUCACCCAUUAAGUUCGGCCGCGAAGCUCAGAAAACGGAAAACAUCUGCUGCCUUUAAACAUUGUUAAUGUGAAAUGUGCUGAAUGUGAAGUUAGCAUGAGGUUUUAGUGUACGCCAUAGUCUCAUGAUCUAAGGCUCUGUCCACAUUUGACGGAUAUUUUUUCCAUUUUCAGUGUUUUUUCCAUAUAAAUUUUUUUUUGUUUGGUGGUGGUGGUUUUUUUGUUUGUUUGUUUUUGUUUUUGUUUUUUUUGGGGGUUUUUUUUCCUGAAAAUAAUUCUCCACCAUGAAGCUUGUGCAUGCCCAGUAGGUGUCAGUAGUGUAUCAAAACCUGCAGCAAAAAGGCUUCAAGAAUAAGAUAAAGAGCAUGCAAGUGUUAGAGAAGGUGAAAUGUAGGAAAACACUAUCACAUCCUGUAUUUGACUUUUUUUUUCUUCCUUUUUUUAUGUUGUUUAAGCGGAAGGCGAAGGCCAGUGUUUAAAAAAUAUCCUUGUAAUCGAGACAGGGCCUUGUUUUCUCUCCGACAGGAUAAAUGCCAGCUACCCCACAGCCGUAUGUAAUCUGGACCAGAGUUAAAUUGCAGAGGAGUCACAGCAUUUAUAUUCAUAUCAUGGCCAAUCCAUGGAUUUUGCCAUUUCCCAGGUGUCCAUGAGUCAACAUGAGUGAAGAGCUCAGUUAAAUUUGAUCAGCUAAUUGCGAUUGAAAGUCGUCACUAACAGUUUAAGUAAUAGUUAAACUAACCAGCAGAGAUUUUAGCCAGCAGUUAUGAUUUAAUAAUAAAAUCUCUAGUUUGGUAUUCUGUUCAACAUCUAAACAUGAGCCUGUAUUAUUUUUAUUCUUGUUUAUGUCUUGCCCCAGAAAUACAACCGAUAAAUGGGGUUGUUUUCUCACCACAAACUCAUCAAAACUCAUGUUAUUAUCCUCUUCACCUUUAAGUCAUUCCCUGAGAAAGAAGCACCAACGAAUAACCAGUGUGUGUAUGAGUGUGAAUGAGGUAUUGAGAGUACUAGUCACAAUAAUAGUGUUUGGACUGUUUUGUAGAUGACACUGUAUUACUAUUUAUUUAAUUCUCCCCUUGGACUGUGAACAGGAACCCAAGGAACAGUCUUUUUCUAGCUUUACUAGCUCAGUGUUUUUGCUAUUUCUUUCUUUCUUUCUCUCUCUAAUGAUGUAUUUUGCGCCAGUCUUGUAGAUCUAUUUUUUUUUUUUAUUUUUUUUUUUUUUUUAUAUACACAAGAGUUAUUUAAUAGUAAUUCAAUGAUGGGUGUAAAUUAUUCGGUCUCGAUAGAAGUAUGAAAAGAAGCAGUGCAAUAUUCAUGUGAAAACGAUCACACACACAUUUCCUCUCUCCGUAUAGAGUUGCACUCAGAUGCCAGGGAUUUCUAAAGGUGUGUGUGUGUGUGUGUGUGUGUGUGUGUGUGUGGGUGUGUGUGGGUGUGUGUGGGUGUGUGUGGGUGUGGGUGU